UGGUUCAUUUCGUCACAUCGUUACUAUGGGCGUGGAGGAGAUGAAGCCCCAUGGCUGAGAAUAAAAAGGUUUUGCGUAAGAAAAUUCGAGGGAAUCCGAAGCACAGCCAAACACAAAUUGUAGUUUACUGUGUAUACGCUGAAUGAAAACGCAGAAUACAUGUUCGGGACAAAGGACCUCUUCUCUCAAAGACGGAGCGCAUAGACAGCACAAAGCGUUAUUUCUUUUUUUUUUUUAAGGACGCCACGAGAAAGAAACGAGGCAAAUGGUGGUCUACUGUUCUGUCGAGAUGGUUUUCCAGGGAAAAGAGCAACUGUGUUACUUCAGAUAACAGUCGCCAAAAGUGGUAUUUGAUGUAUGGUUAUUAAUAGCAAACUAAAGCUGCUUUCACUGGAGUUAGCGAAGUGAAAAGGCUACAGAUUCCGGGCGUCAUUUUCCUUUCCUUAGCGGUAUUGGAUAUGAGUGGUAGGUUGUGCGCGUGCAUGUGUGCACCUGCCUAAAUUAAGCUAGCUCCUUUCAGCUGUGAUUGCGCCGCUUGUACGUCAGUUAUCACUCAUUUAUUUUGCGCAGGCAGCGUAAGCGAGACGAUAGCAACCCCGGCUGUAUGAGUGCUGCGACUGGCAAGGCGUUCUGUGCUUCUUUAGGACGGAUCAAUUCGGAUUGUUAAUUAGAUAUUGCUCCUUGGUGGCUAGUGCGAAAUCGUCCCAUGGUGAAGUGCGCCAGAGCGCGCACGCUGCACGAGCUCGGCCGCUGCGCCUCCAUGGUGGAAACGACGCCGCUCCACGUGAACUGGAAACGAGGCGAACAUUGUUAGAAAAACCCCCUCGGAGAAGAUCAGUUAAGAUGGAGCCCGGCGGGGGAUCCAAACCCGCUGACGGCAGCUCGAUCUCCAAGUGUCCGUCUGUUCCCAAUUCGCAGUGCGAGCUCAACGGGAGCAUUUACGAGUCUGUCAGCGAGGGCAGCGUUAAUAAGAUGGACGGCUCGUGCGCGGUGCGCGGUGGCAGCGACCCGAGCGCUUAUCCGCCGCUGUCGAGUUACCGGCGCGCCGCCGGCCAGCGCUUCAUCCGCAGGAGUUUGUGGUUUGCGGAAGACGAGCAGACGCACGAGGCUCCUGAAUACGACGUCCGGACCGAGAUGUCCACCGUAUGUCUGCGAACAAUCGUGGACCGGACCAGGGACACUUGGUCAAGCUUACAAGAAGGCUCGAGCACUGAGAGUCAGGCUGGACAGAAGGACAGCGCCACGGAGAGCACGAGCGCAGACGAGGAUAAGGACAGGGCCGGUUCCAGAGGGAACGCAGGUGCACCAAAUGACGCAAAAAGCACCGUAAAGACCGCGAGCGAGGAAAACGAGGAAGAGGCCGAGAUGAAAGCCGUCGCCACCUCUCCCAGUGGCCGCUUUCUCAAAUUCGAUAUCGAGCUUGGUCGAGGCUCUUUUAAAACCGUCUACAAGGGCUUGGACACGGAGACCUGGGUGGAAGUGGCGUGGUGCGAGCUCCAGGACCGGAAGCUGUCGAAAGUGGAGAGACAGCGCUUCAAAGAGGAGGCUGAGAUGUUGAAGGGUCUGCAACAUCCAAAUAUAGUACGCUUCUACGACUUCUGGGAAUCUCUGCUCAAAGGGAAAAAAUGCAUCGUUCUGGUGACAGAACUCAUGACCUCAGGGACGUUAAAAACCUAUCUGAAGCGCUUCAAGGUGAUGAAGCCCAAAGUGUUACGGAGCUGGUGUAGGCAGAUCCUGAAAGGCCUUCACUUUCUACACACACGUGCCCCUCCCAUCAUCCACCGGGACCUGAAGUGUGACAACAUCUUCAUCACAGGUCCAACGGGCAGUGUGAAAAUCGGAGACCUGGGCCUGGCCACGCUUAAGAGAGCCUCUUUUGCGAAGAGCGUCAUUGGCACUCCAGAGUUCAUGGCCCCAGAGAUGUAUGAGGAGCACUAUGAUGAAUCAGUGGAUGUGUAUGCCUUUGGCAUGUGUAUGCUAGAGAUGGCCACAUCAGAAUAUCCCUACUCAGAGUGCCAGAAUGCUGCCCAGAUCUACAGAAAAGUCACCAGCGGGGUGAAGCCUGCAAGCUAUAACAAAGUGAAGGACCCUGAGGUCAAGGAGAUCAUUGGCGAGUGUAUUUGCCAGAAGAAGGAAGAGCGUUACUCCAUUAAGGAUCUACUGAAUCAUGCAUUCUUUGCGGAGGACACGGGCGUGCGAGUGGAGCUGGCUGAGGAAGAUGAUGGAAGGAAAGCCUCCAUCGCACUCAAGCUGUGGGUGGAGGACCCACGCAAGUUGAAGGGCAAGUACAAGGACAGCGGCGCCAUCGAGUUUACCUUUGAUCUUGAGAAGGACGUGCCUGAAGUCGUGGCUCAAGAGAUGGUUGAAUCCGGGUUCUUUCAUGAGAGUGAUGCAAAGAUAGUGGGUAAGUCCAUCCGGGACAGAGUGGCGUUGAUAAAGUGGCGAAGAGAACGCACCGUGUCCUCAGCCAUGCAGAGUGACGUGGCCCAGACAACGCAAGCCCAGCAACCCCUUGGCUCCGUGCCCACUGUGUGUGAGCCCAUUGGCACCUUAGAGCCUGAGGAAACAGAGGCAGACCAGCAUGCCAAUCUGGCCCAACUGAGCAGCAGCACUACCUCUGCUACAUCUGACAGUGGUAUUGGCUCUAUCAUAUACUCCGACUCCCACAGCAGCAGCUUGCACAGUGUCAUUUACCCGUCACUGCAGGAACCUGUUUCCACCGCAGUGCAGCAGUGUCAUGUGACUGGCCGUUUUUUGACACCACAUGACAGUGAUUUUGAAGUGUGGUCUUGCUUCCUUGGAACUGGGUCUAAAGCACGUUUCCGUCGCCAAAGCACUACUGUGAUUGACACACUCAGAGACCAUCCACAUAUCCGGGCAGUUCCUCAGCCAAUUAGUCCCGACUCCAACCUGUCACCCCAGUUGGAAUCGGAGGAGAUAAAUGGGAAUGAUUCUUUCUCUCCGAGAUUGUUGCUUUCUCCGUUACCACUUGAUACUCGACGCCAUAGUGACUCAUCAGUGGUGCUUUCACCAGAGAGAGAGUCGGACGACGCUCUAUCGAUAUCUUGGGGGUGUCGACAUUGUCUAAAUCAUGUCCCUCUCACACCACAUCCCUUGUGCACAGCCUGCCUGUCACUUCUCUUAUCUAGGACUAGGACAAUUAAAAGCCCGAGCCCAUGUGCUUCAGUCCCCACUCCAGGUGCGGGCCAGCUUGUAUCUCCAACUGGACUCUUACUUGGAGUAAGUGGGCAUGGAGGCUCUCUCAGUGAGAACUCUGACUUGUCAGAGCUUAACAAAUCCCUGGAAAACAUCACAGGCCACAAACAUGUCCCAAAUCCUGCCUUACUAAGAGUCCCAUCCAUGGGGUUUGAAACGGGGCCAUACCGGUCUGUGCGCAGUCACGGUCAUGAGCACGAGAUGACCGAAUCUCUGAGUGUUGAGCAGAUGCCAAAGCCAGGAGCGCACCGCCGAGCGAGUGUGUGCAUGGGUGACCGUACUUUCAUGUAUCUGCAGUCCAGCACACUGGGUCUUCAGAGCCAGCCAGCAUCAGCUGCGUCCCUGCAGGUGCCUGGCCAUCUGCUCCAGCCCUCACAAAGUUAUAUGCCAGCUGUACCAAGCGCUGUACCCGUGCAGCCUAGCUAUGUGCCCGCAAGCCAGCCUGUGCAGCCGCAGACUUACUCUUCACUGCCCUCCACAGCACAACAGCAAGCAACAAUCAUCCAACCAGUACAAGCUACACCUGCACAGAGUACGUCAACUGUACCCCAGAUGGCAAACAUACAGAGCUGCCCUCUUACAAGACAAUCAGGGCAAACAAUUGCCCAGGCAAAUGCCAUUGUACCACAGAGCUACACACCUGGUGUGCAGCAAUUUGCAAGUACACACAUUUUACCACCCUUGCAGCAAGCUGAAGCUGGCCAGACAGUGCCAUCACUGCAGAAGGCAACCCAAAAUUUACUGCCUGAUCAACAGUCUGCCGGUUCAACCGUGCAACAUUUGACAAAUGUCCAGACUCUCCCGGCCUCGCAAUGCAGCGUGCAGCCCGUUUCUGCCUACAUAGCAGUACAGCAUGCGUCCACUGUGCAGAGCUUUCAGGAAGUUGCAGCACUGCAGCUAAGCAUGCAGGCGUCUCAGAGGGGAGCUUCCAGCCUGCAGCUUGGCUCGUCUGGAGCCACACCGAUUGGCCAAGAAGAUCCUCUUCUGACUGCGCAAGCCACAAUGCAAAAAGGUCUUCAUGCAGCUGGCAUGAUAGCUGCUGGAAAAGCAGAUUUCAAAGAAUCUGCUAUUCUAACUGCACCUUUACAAACAAGUCACACGAUUGAAGUUGCAGUCCAACCGGCCCCAGCUUCUCAGCAGUCUUUAGUGCAAGUUCCUGCUGCUCAACAAGUGCAAAUGCAUCAGACUUCCUUGUCUCAGAUGCCAACUCACCUCAUACAGGGAGCUCCUAGCAGCAAUAAUCAGUCCCAGAUUGUGCUUCCAGCCCUGGUGAGCUCAUGCCAGACUUCCUCUGUUCCAGUCCAUACCUCCCUCACCAUUGCUGUUCCAGUCCAUUCUUCUCAGACAGCUGUCACCGUGGCUCCACAUGCUACUGCCAUCCCUGGCCACCAUGCGCAAACUGCCCCUGCUGCCCAGCUGACUCCUCCUGUGCCACAAGGCAUUGUACCAGAUCCUUUGAGCACUGGGGAGUCUCUGGAUAUGAACCAGGAACUUCAGGCCUCUGCAGUCACCAGUAAAAUGACUCAGCAAACACAGCCCAGCAGCGGCAUCACGACUCAUCACAUUCAGCAGUGCAGUGCCAGUGGAAGUGGAACAAGCCAGCCAGCCUCUGAAGUAUUUUCUGAGGAGUGUGCUCUAGAUAAGCAGACAACAGUGGCUGCAUAUGACAGUGUAAACUCGGAUGCCACAUCAGGAAAAGAGAUGAGCGAUGGGAACGAGGGAACACAUGGCGGGAGGAGCGAGUCGAGGGUCCGCAAACAUCAUCGCAAAUCCUCGCGCACACGCUCCCGCCAGGAGAAGACCGGCAAGCCAAAACUGAGCAUGCUCAACGUGUGUAACACGGGUGACAAGAUGGUGGAAUGUCAGCUGGAGACUCACAACCACAAGAUGGUCACCUUCAAGUUUGACCUUGAUGGAGAUGCUCCAGAGGAGAUUGCCACGUACAUGGUUGAAAAUGACUUUAUCUUGCUGCUUGAGAAGGAGAUGUUCAUUGAGCAGCUGAAGGACAUAGUGGAGAAGGCUGAGGACAUCCUGAGUGAAGACGUUGAGGGAGAGAGGGGCUCGGGAAAUCUGUCACAGCCCCAUCCGAGCCUCAAAGGGGGGUCUGGUCUUGAGGGAGCAAACAAGCCUCAGCAAACUCAGUCUAAUCAACUAGUAUACCAACAGAAUGUACUUCACACUGGAAAACGUUGGUUCAUCAUCUGCCCUGUGGCUGAGACCGCAAAUAAUGGUGAAGACAGUGUCACAGCAAAAGACGCAGAGGGCACACCUGCAGCGCAAAUCCAAGACACUAGCAUAGGUGAAGCCAGAGCUCUCCAGACCAACCCACCGCUGUCUAACACGGCCCUCAGUGCCCCCGAACACGCCCAAACCGUGGACGAGCCUCAAAGCACUCAGUCAGCAAGAAUGUCCAUGGUUGCUGACAUCCCAUGCUGCCCUAUCGUCCCUCCCACUUCCCAGGCUGAUAAUGCUAAAAAAAAUGUACCCCCUCCCCAGCCAGCCAGUCAUGACCCCAGCCCAGUCUCCGACACAUCUUUGACCCAGGUUCAACCAGUAGUGCUUCAGCAGCCAUUUUCCACACCUGUUCCACCUGCUACGCAGUCACAGCCUCAGAGCCCUGCCCAUCAAACACAACAAGGUCCUCCUACUACAUCAGGGCCUACCACUUCACUUACACAGCCAGGGGGUGGACCAGCCGAGUCUGAUGGGGAAGGGCCUCCUAGACUAGAGUUUACCGAUAGGACAAUAAAGACACUUGAUGAGAAGCUCAGGAACCUUCUGUACCAGGAGCAUAAUCCCUCACAAUCCACAAGCUCCACCUCAGAUCCUCCUGGCUCACCUCCAGUAUCAGACAGCCAAAGCAGCGAUGGACCACUGAGAAGAGGGGAAAUACUGCCUCAGAUUCCAGAGAGGAGUGAUAGUCUUGGUACCUUGAGUGACUCUGCUGUUGCCUCUUUAAAUAGGCAGCUGACAGCCGACUUAGAGGGCACCUCUGAUGGACACCCUACCUCGAAAAGCCGUUUCCAGAUUGUUCCAACGGCACCGGAUAUUGUCCAGAGUUUGGAGCGGGGCAGAAAGAGCCGGACUUCCUGCAGUUCUGCAGCACCUGGCCACAUGGAAGGAGAGGCUGCAGUGACCACAGAUAUUGGAGUUUCCACUGCAAAUGAGGAUGGAGGCCAUACCAUGCGAAUGUGCCAUAGUAAUCGUUAUUCAGCUCCUCCAAACCUCUAUCAGGACAUGCUUACUUCCAGUGUGGAGGCCAUGACCUCGAUGCCUCAUGCUCAAACCUCCUUGUCCAUUGAUGCAGCAGCACAGCAUAGCUUCCACCUCUCCACAGAUUCUGGUGAAGAGGACAACCACUUGAUUCUGCCCCAUAAACCUGCACAGGCCGUUCCCAGCCAAUCAGAGCACAGUGGAAGCGAUCUUGUAAAGCGGGCUGUAGCUUUCUUUCGGCGCUCUGGCCGCAGCAGCAGCGUGCAGAGCUCUGAUUCGCCCAGCCGUCCACCAGUUCUUAAUGGCCAUGCUCCAUGUGCUUCAAGCCAUGCCCACUCUGCAUACAUCAGCAGUGAUAACGACUCGGAGUUUGAGGAUGCUGACAUGAAAAAGGAGCUGCAGAAACUCAGAGAAAAGCAUAUGAAGGAAAUCUCUGAGCUGCAAGCCCAUCAGAGAAGUGAGAUCGAGCAGCUUUAUUCACGGCUCGGACGGCCCGUGCCUCCUAGUGUGGGAUUCCUGCACGCAGUACCCCCUACCGGCCGCCGCCGCCGCACCUCCAAACACAAGCUCAAAGCGGGCAAGCUUCUUAAUCCAACCGUGCAACAGCUCAAAUCCAACCGUGCCAGCAGCCCAGCAGAGACCUGUUCCAGCAUGUCGGGAUCUCCAGCUAAAAGCUCAGUUCUAGGUAACAGCUCUGUAGCUUCCAGCAUGGCCACACUGCAGAGUCCAGUGUCUGAACCUCUGCAACCAGUCCAAACACAGCAGCCAUGCUCGCUCAAAGUCUCACUGUCCUCUGACAACAUCUAUGACUCAGCCCCGCACGCGCUCCCAGGGCAAGGCUGGACCGUUUACCACCAAACAUCCGAGAGAGUCACCUAUAAAUCUAGUAGCAAACCACGCACUAGAUUCCUCAGUGGACCCGUGUCUCUGUCCAUCUGGUCUACUCUGAAACGACUAUGUCUAGGCAAAGAGCGCUGUAGUAGGUCAUCGCAUUGUAGUGGCACAACUUCAGCGAGCUCAGCAUCCAAUCAACAAUCAGCCCUGUCUCCUGUGGCCAUGCCUGUGCCUGAUCCUCAGCCAUUUACCACACUAGCUCAGGCUCAGACCAACAACAGCAAUAACAAAAAGCGGACAUUCACCGAUGACUUGCACAAGCUGGUUGACGAUUGGGCAAAAGAGACGCUCGCUGCUGGCCCUCAGCCCCGCCCUUCCCUUAACCAAAUCAAACAACAGCAAAGGCAUCAGGACUUGAAGGGCACACCUACGCAUAUGAGUGGAGGCACAAUUCAGAUGAGGGCUUCUCUGCCCCCGAAAUUUUUGCCAUUCCAGCUGCCUCUCCCGUGCCCACUCUCAGCUGCUCCAGGUCCCAGUGUGCCCCCUGCCCUCAGUAACACACCCUCACCCGUUCUCCAUCCAUCAUAUUUGCUCCCCACCGGCCCUUUUGGAGGGGUGAUGCCAGCUUCUGGGUACCCAACCCAGUGGCCUCAGGUCCCCUGUCCAGUCGGUACAGUGGGGCCAGUGAACAUGAUUGGCGCAUCGGGUAUGAUACCCCUCCCUGCUUUGGUUAACCCUGCACUGCAAACCUUUCCCAUGGCAUUGAAUGGCUCGGAAAACCCCACAUGCAGAGGCAGUGCCAGAACUGUAUAACUAUACCAUCAUUACCAUAGCUGGUGUUCCUCUGUAAUGCAAAGCUUUCUACUAUGCUAUGUAAAUUAGAACUAUGCUGAUCAUUCAAUGACUCCAUGGUUAUAUCAGUAACUACCUACUUAGCUGGUUCUGUUGGCUGGUAAAUGAUCAGUGUCUGUCAUAGACAUGCUAUGAUGUGCAGAUUACCCAGGCCUCACACUGAAACUACAGUACCCAUAGUCCUGUUGCAUUGGUCCAGUGUUAUUGAUGUCAGCAACAGUAUGCAUUUGACAGCAGACACAUCUGUACAUAGCCUCAGAGCUUGUAAAUAGUGUGUAUGUGCGCGUGUAUGUGUGUGUGUGCUUGAACAAGUGCAAGUAAGUCUGCAUUUGUCUGGCCUUUAUGAAUUCUACAGCCAUAGUGAGUGAUAAUUUUAUGGUCUCUAUCUGUCAGUCUUUUUCACGACAACUCAGCAAUCACUGUUUGCUAAGGCUAAGACAGACAGAACCGCCUUUGCCAAUGGCUGCCAGAGUGUACAUGCACAAACAACAAAGGAAAUAUGACACAAACUUCAAAGAACAAAUCAGAAAUAGUAUUAAAUUUGAUUACGCAUCUAUUUGCAAUAGGAAAUCCAUUCUUGAAACGACAAAUCUACAACUCUGGUAGUUACAGUUCUACUUUUUCACUGUUGGCUGAUGAAAUGCAGUGAGUGCUGUCUCAGACCACACUGAAGAUACGGAAAAAGAAAAAGCAUCAAGGGGAAUGUAGUGCCUUGAGAGUUUAACAAUUUCCCCAUGAAAAUCUGCACGUCAGCCUUCAGUCAAGAUGGUGCAUCCUUUUGGGUCACUAGAAAACUAUUACGUGUUUAUUGCAAUACCUAUUUUCACCACCCUCCCAAAAAAAAUGUAUUUAUUGUUUACAGUUUUAAGGCUAUUCAGACAAAGCACCAGACAAGACUCAUGGUCACCAGAAAUUGUCUGCAAAGCUCUUUUGGUGUUACGAUCCCCUCAUUACAAGCACAGUUUAAGUACUAACAGAAGAUCUUUAAUCUACAACUGUGACCUCAAACACUGGCCACUUGCAUGUCUUUGAUUUCUUAAUAUUGGGCAAGGCCCUGUUACUGCAAAGUUUCAUGUGAUGCAGUGCUUGGGAACGUUGUCCAUAGGACGGCAAGUAAACUUUUCGCAUGGUCACUGUAAAGUUUACAAAAUUCAGUCCAGGUUUAGCUUUGUUUGUAAAGGUGGGGGUCGGGGAUUGAAAAGCUGUGUUCACUGAGGAACGCACUACUCAAAGUAGCAGUGAACAUGUAAGAAGGGACGGGCAGUUUGGCUUCACAUACUUAAGUGCAAUUCAACUCUAAAUCCCAAGAAAAGGAAGUGGGUGAGGGUAGCCUUGUCAUGAGCCUUAUGCACUAACCAGGUGAAAGAGGAGGACCUGUGGUGACUUUAGCAUGCCACAGAACUCCGUAGCGAGCCAUACACUAAUUAGAGUGAGUUUAGUUAAGCUGCAUUUUCGUUUUUCCCCAUUGUGGGGUCUUUUAUUGGUGUAUGAAUUGGUUGUAGUGUAUAUUUUGAGGUAAGAGGGUGGUGCAAUAUUUAGUUUACACUUGUUAAUAUAAUAGAUUUUAGCCUCUUUUUUUUUUUUUCUUUUUCCUUAAUGCUGCUAGAAUGACACAGGUGGUCCAGUAUAUGAAAAACUAAGGUGAGCAACACUGACUGUACCAACCACCCAAGGUAGAAAAUCCAGCCCCAAUCAAAAUCGACAAAAAACAAAACUAUAUAUUCUGCUACUGGAUGAGAAUGAUACCUGAGUAUUAGACAUUAAAUCGCUUAAGUUGUGUGUCUGGGUUUUCUUGUUUAGCAAAUGUUAAUUUUCAGUAAGGGGUCCUCAUUUUCGAGGGAUUAGGCCUAGCAUCCUGGGCACCCUCCUGUUCUUGCACUUCCCUCUUCCUUAAUCUGAUUUGCUCUUUAGACCAGCAUGAUUAGUUUUGGCCCUACACACUUCCUAGAUGGAAUCCCCCCCUUUUUUUUUUUUUUUUACACUGCGUUUAAACAGCAAUACACCAAUAGUCGAAAAAUCCAGCAAACUACCCAAAGGUAUACAAUCCAACCCUACUCCAAGCCUGCAAUCUUGAUACUGUGAUGCCACUUUAACAUAAUGCUGGGGUAUGAGGAAUUAAAUCACACAAAUACAUCCAUUUGUCACACUUAGUAGUCAGAAUUAUCUUGUUUUUUUUUUCCAAAUAUUUUAAAAGAGAACAUCAAAUUUUGAUUGGGAUGGCCUAGAAUCUUUGCUACACUGGAACUUUUGCACUUGCCCCCUUUUGUAAUUUCAUGUUCGUCACUUGGACCAGCAUGUUUAGGCUCUCCGCUACACCUUUCAAAAAUCGAGCCACAUUUUUUUACCCUGCAUUUGAAGAGGUUGUGAGCUGUGGUUCUGUCAAGCUGUGAAUUAUACAGAUUGCUUGUAAUUAAUGUAUGUAUAGUUAUUUUGCGUUUUUUUUUUUUUGCCUUUUCCCUAACAUGUAUGUGUUAUUCUUCCAUCAAUUCACUUUGAAUUGGAUUUUUUUUUUUAAAUGUAGGCUGUUAUGCAGAAUAUUCUGCUUUGGAUGAAAUACUUUUUAUAGAAAGAGAUUUCUGUCCUCUGUUACUUGUAUUUUUGAUCCAGUUGCCAAGUCUGUGUAAGCAUUUAGCAGAUGUGGAACUGAAUUAUUCAUUGUUACCAUUUUCUACAUGAAAGCCAUGUUUCAUUGCUUCUGCUUAGAAUUGUCCAUACAUUUCAUUAAUUUCUUCUGCCCUGCCUAAAAAAAAAAAGCUGCACUCUGAUCACAAAGACUGUAUAUGUUUAAUGAAAGAAAGAAAUAAACAUUAUUUUGUGCUUGAUAAUAGUAUUUCUUAUGCGUGUUCUAAAAGUCUUACCGUAGUAAUGUAGUGUAGCCCUGCACAAUGCUAGAUCAACACUUAAUGACACCUAUCAAGAGAAUGGUCAGAAAUGAUUGUAGAAAAAUAUACAUCAUGAGCUCUUGUAAAGAUUGAUGGUAUCAAGAAUUUCACCAAGUACCAGUAUAUUUUAACCUCCUGGCAGAGGCAACAAGAUUCUGGACAAGGACCUGGCCAUAGAUGGAGUUUUUAAGCACAUAAUGUCUCCAAACUUGCACCUGAAGUAUUAUAGAAAUGAAACCACCAUUUUAAAAACUUGAGGUCUGAAUGGAAGAGGGAAGUUGUAAAGAAACUUAAGAAUAUAAAGAAGUCAACUAGAUGAAGGCAAUCCACAUACAAGUGCUUAGCAUCCUACCGGAAGAACCUAUUCUUUCUAGGAAAGCUUGACCAAAUAUUAUUGCAGCUGCUGAUACUUUUGUGACCAGCAUUCUGCAGGAGAAAAGUACUACUUAAUAAAACUUUAAAAAAUAAAUGUAUGUUCAAAUAAACCUAUAGUUUUCCAAUA